AUCGCCAGCUGUUCGGACGCGCGUGGGAAUCUGGUCAAUGUUUGUUUUCAUCUCGAACGGAGCGGAAUGGUCGCGGAGGUAAAUCUCUUUCGUAUCUGCGUAUUUCGGAAAGCAUCGUUGUGAUAUAAAAGUACGAGUGAAAUUUUGACACCCCCAUAUUAAAUACCCACGCCACAUGAGCAGAAGUGCGCCAAAAGUUCGGAAAACCCUAUAAAGAGAUCGACUUGCAAAUCGAAUUGGAUGCCCACGUAAAUAAUAAAUAAUUCGAGAAGUGCAUAUGACAAACUGUUGAUCAUACAUAGUUUGUCGUGGGCAGUUCGUUGGAGGAGAUAUCCGAGGUUCGUGGGAUCCAAUAGAGUGUUUUACCGGUCCGACGGGCCCUUAGUUCAUUAGCUGCGUUGUGUUGGAGUCGCCGGCUUAUCGCCGCCUUUUUUCGGUUACAAUUUUAUUGAACUUCCACCGGAUCGGUCGAACCUAUCUGCGGUUAGUCAGUCCGACGGGAAAGCUUUUAAUCGAUCGCGAUUGUACAACCAAUUACCGGGUUUAUCAUCCAAUUUGAAGCCACUUGGCACGACGCAAACUAUAAAUAGAAGGUGAAGUGUCCAAAUUAUAAGACAGCACUCGAGUAAACUCAAUCGCCAGCGUGAGUUGUUGGGUGUUAAAGUUUAAAUUACUCAUGUGAAAAAAAACACAGCUCUAUAUAGCUUGAGGACUUGCAGAUACACUGAAACCCAGAGGUGGUCUAGAAUACAUAAAAGCUAAGGUCACUAAACGAUGAAGCAGUUUCUGGGCGAUUUGCUGGCGUUUUGAGCGCGGCUGCUGAGGCGCUUAAAUAGCGUCCAGGAUUUCCUGCUGACUUCUGCUUAACCCAAAACCAUGAAGCAGCUCUCCAGCCUACGCCUGGCCAUUGUCGGCCUGAUAGUCCUCCUGUUUGUGCUCCAUGUGCUCAGCAAGGAGCAUUCCCAUACACGCAACCAGCAAUCGGCCAAGAGAUUCUCACGAGACUCGAACUCUGCCCGCGAGCGGCGACCGAACAUAAUACUCAUCCUUACAGAUGACCAGGAUGUGGAACUUGGCUCCCUGAACUUCAUGCCGCGCACCUUGCGGCUCCUUCGAGAUGGUGGAGCUGAAUUCCGCCAUGCCUACACCACCACGCCCAUGUGCUGCCCGGCGAGAUCCUCGCUGCUCACCGGGAUGUACGUGCACAACCACAUGGUGUUCACCAACAACGACAACUGCUCCAGUCCCCAGUGGCAGGCCACCCACGAGACGCGCUCCUAUGCCACGUAUCUCUCGAAUGCCGGCUAUCGCACUGGUUACUUUGGAAAGUAUCUGAACAAGUACAAUGGAUCUUACAUACCGCCUGGUUGGCGAGAGUGGGGAGGUCUGAUUAUGAACUCCAAGUACUACAACUACAGCAUCAAUCUGAAUGGACAGAAGAUCAAGCAUGGCUUCGACUACGCCAAGGAUUAUUAUCCCGAUCUGAUAGCCAACGACUCGAUCGCUUUCCUGCGUUCCUCUAAGCAGCAGAACCAGAGGAAGCCCGUCCUGCUCACCAUGAGUUUUCCGGCACCUCAUGGUCCCGAGGAUUCAGCUCCACAAUACAGUCAUUUGUUCUUCAAUGUGACCACCCACCACACUCCAUCCUACGAUCAUGCUCCAAAUCCGGACAAGCAAUGGAUACUGAGGGUAACCGAACCGAUGCAGCCCGUGCACAAAAGGUUCACCAAUCUCCUGAUGACCAAGCGCCUGCAGACCCUCCAAAGUGUCGACGUGGCCGUGGAGCGGGUCUACAACGAGCUGAAGGAUCUUGGGGAGUUAGACAACACGUAUAUCGUAUACACUUCGGAUCACGGCUAUCAUCUGGGCCAGUUUGGUCUCAUCAAGGGAAAGAGCUUUCCCUUUGAAUUCGAUGUGAGAGUGCCGUUCCUUAUACGAGGACCUGGAAUCCAGGCCUCCAAGGUGGUGAAUGAAAUUGUGUUGAAUGUGGACCUGGCGCCCACUUUCCUGGACAUGGGUGGAGUACCAACGCCGCAGCACAUGGAUGGACGCAGCAUACUGCCCCUGCUGUUGAGCAGGAAUCGCGCUGUGCGGGACAACUGGCCGGAUAGCUUCCUGAUCGAGAGUUCCGGCAGGAGGGAGACGGCUGAGCAGAUAGCCGAGUCACGGGCCCGCCUCCGAAUCGAGAGGCAAAACAUGAAGCUGGUAAACAGCUCAUUGCUUGAGGACUUCCUUGAUGGGGAGACCACCACCACCACCACCAUUUCGAGUAGCAUCACCAGCACUGCCGCCACAUUGAUGAGUUCAACCGUCCAAAAUCAAGAGGAUGCUGAGGAGGAAGUGAAUACGGAUAACGAAGAGGACGAUGCCAUGGACAGUUCGGCAGCUGCCCUGGAAGACGAUGAUCUCGAGGAUGCUGCCCUAGAGGAGGGCGACGAGGAACUGGUCGAUCAGAACAACGAUCUUCCCCUGGCGCCCUACAUAACAAAGAUGAUGCGCCUCAACUCGGAGUGCUCCGAUCCGGCCCUGCUUAAAAACUGCCUGCCUGGCCAGAAGUGGAAGUGCGUCAAUGAGGAGGGACGUUGGCGCAAGCACAAGUGCAAGUUCCACCUUCAGUUGGAGCAUCAGUUGGCCAUAAUGCCCCGGAAGCAAUAUCAACGCAACUGCGCCUGUUUUACCCCCGAUGGAGUGGUCUACACCAAGAUUCGAGCUCCAUCCGCUGGAUUACAUCGCGUGAACAAGCGCACUCAUCAUGGCCAUGCUCGGCGGAGAAACAAGAGGGAGGUGUUCCACACGGAGCUACCAGACGAGAUGGAGGAGCUACUGGAUCUCAAUCAGGCUGUCGAUCAUAUGACAGAACUGCAUCGCACUAAGCGGGACUUAACCGGAAGUAGCAACGAGACGAUUGCCCAAGUCAUUCAGCAGAUACAAGCCACUCUGGAGAUCCUGGAGCUCAAGUUCAAUGAGCAUGAACUGCACAGCUCCAACUCCAGUGGCAAUUCCUUUGAGCGAGGCGAGAAGUAUUCCAAGUCUGGUGGUCAUCGCUGCUUUGUGGAUGCGACUUCGGGCAAAGUGAACUGCUCCAAUGUGAUAUACGACGACGAGAAGACGUGGCGUACCUCCCGCAACCAGAUCGACAUGCUGAUCAAGCUCUUAAAGGACAAGAUUGGCAAGCUGAAGGAUAUGAAGAAGCAGCUGAGGGAGAGCAACAAGCUGGCAUUGGCGGCUGGCCGAAAGAACGAUAACCGGCGAAGGAAUGACCCUAACUUGUUGGAUGGUGGCGCCGGACCAGAGUUCAACAUGAGCUACUUCACCGAUACGAACAGCACACCAAGGUCAAACGUCGUUGGCCAAAAGGAAGUAUUCCGAGGAUAUGGGAAUGCCAACGUGUUCGAUUCAGUGGAGCAGCCUCAGUCGCAUCGGUUUGCCCCGCGAGCCGAGUGCUAUUGUGAACCCGAUGUGGGGGAGAGCCAUGCGGACUCCAAGGAAAUGGCUCGCGAGGCGCGGAGGAAGCUGAAGGAAGAGCGGCAGCGCAAGAAGGAGCGAAAGCGCAUCAAGAAGGCUCGACUGGAGAAGGAGUGCCUGUCCGAGAAGAUGAACUGCUUCUCACACGACAAUCAGCAUUGGCGUACUGCUCCCCUGUGGAAUGAUAGUCCUUUCUGCUUCUGCAUGAACGCCAACAACAAUACCUACUCCUGCCUAAGGACCAUCAAUGCCACCCACAACUAUCUGUACUGCGAGUUUACCACAGGCCUGAUCACCUUCUAUAACUUGACCAUAGAUCGCUUUGAGACGACCAAUCGCGCAGCUAGUCUAACGCCUGGAGAGAGAUCCCACAUGCACGAUGCACUGCAGCAGUUGAAGGGCUGUCGCGGACGCAGCUGCAGCAUCCGGCGACACCAGUCCCACCUGGAGAGCGGAUCCAGUGCUCCACUGCUGCCCAUCAAUCAAGUGCACCGCAACAACAAGCGAAAGCAUUCUCCCCUGGCGGGAUCCAUGGGCAACUUUGGAUUUGUGGGCCCACGACUGGACAUGGACGGACUGCCUCCGAUGAAGCGGCGAAAGCUGUCCAAAUACAACAGAUUGACUGGAUCGCAGCAGUCGCACAUCAAGCGGCGUCCCUGGAAACAGCAGCCCCUUCAGCAGUCCCCCAGAUUCUUGCCCACGCAUCCUGGUACCCCAGCCGCGGCCUAAGGAUAAAGCUUGAUGGAGUGACAACACCGCACAUAUCCUAUGCGUACCUUUUGUACCUUGCUUGCCUGCCCCUGCUCUUUGGUUUGCCCCAUUGGAUUUCUUCAUACAUAAAUAAGACUGUGUUUUAAUCUAUCUACUUAUGUUUAGAUCUGUUUAAUCGAACUGUGUUUAGUCCAGUCCUUGCUACAUUUGGCUUGCAAUAUUUAUAGUUAGAGCUGAACACUUGAGUUAGCUCUUAGACCACCUAAUUUGUACAUAAAUUUAGUACCGAAAUUCUACGUAAACUAAAUAAAUUAUUUAGCGAAUUGGUUAAACGUUAAAUUAGUUGAGUACACGUAGCAAAGAGUUUUAUUAAUUCUAGCGAAUCCAAAUGAAAUUGUAUUUAUUGGCCAAUGCUAAAGGAACAAUGUUAAUGUGUAUUAGAGAACUAAAACCAUAUUUAUGACGAACUAGAUACGUUUUAAUUGUUAAGUGCCCCACCCGAAAUUCCCAAAGACGUUAUGUAGCAGCCCCGCUUGAAAACGAACAAAUAUGUAUAUUGUAUCUGCCAAGUUAAUAAUGUCAUAAAAUUAACUCAAAUUAAAUGUAAAAUUAAUUAUUUAAAACAAGCAUUAAAUAAAAUUGCGAAUAAUAAACUUUUAUCACGAA